CUCCCUCAUCUUCGCCCAACCUUCCCCCUCACCUCCAUUUCUAAAUCUCCCUCCCCUCCUACCUUUUCCCUUCCCCAACAAGUUUCGCAAAUUUCAAACCCAUCCGCCACAACCGUCUUCCUUACCCCCAAAGAAAGACGAGGAAACAUAGCCAGAGGAUGACCACCAGCACAUUGCCGAUGGCGUCUAUGCUUCCGUCCUCUUCGCCCUCAACUCUUUCCCUCAGGCGACGUUGUUUUAGUGUACUGUGUUCAUUCAACAGUAGCAGAAGAAGUGCCAAUAUUUCCUUACCUCCGGUUAACCCUGGAGACCCCUUACUGACGAAGCUAGCUUCAGUCGCUGCUAGAAAUCCUGAAGCUCUCUAUAGCCGGACUGUCAUUCUACCAAUUGACUUCUUCAAGUAUUUGAAAGGAAUAGUGGAGCGAUCAGAUUCAUACAAUGGUUAUGAGCGAGAUGAACCUCCCCCAAGUUUCGUAAAUUCCAAACGGCUUUUGAACUUCAACUUCCUGUGUCGAAGCAGUUUCCAGCCCAGUAUUCUGUGCGCUCAUUUUUCAAAGAGCCCGGAGGCUUGGUGCAGUCUGAGUUGACCAAGAAACAAUUGGAAGUUGUUUGUGGCGACUAAAGCAUGUGAAUGAAGCAUAGGAAUUCUUUAUAAAUCUUGAAUCUUUUUUGAGACAUGUUUAACCCAGUUGCAAACAUUAUGAAUCUCUGUUUGUACGAUGUGUGUGGAAUAUUGUACAACUGUUAAUGUUUAAUGUUGUACAAUAUUCCAAUUGGUUGGAACAUUAUUUUAUGUUUUUGUAUAUGUAGCAAACUAUAGAAAUGUAGCAUUUGGGGAAAAGUUGUCUAUAUUACGUAUUGUGGUUAUAUAUGUGUAUUAAAUUA